AAUUAUUCAAAAAAGCAACAAAAUGUUUCAAAAUGUAUAUGCCUCAUUUCCUAACUGAUUCAAGGACCACCUCUCUCGUUCUUCCUGAUUUUCAUCCACAUUUCCAUUUUCCUCUCAUCAUCCAAUAAAUAAUUUCUCUUUUAGGUUUGUUUCCCCUCCCAGAAACGCAGCGUGAUCGUCUUUGAUUGCUAAUCCUCAACAUGGCAAAUGCAGUGUCUGGAAUGCAGGUGGACGACGAGUGUAAGCUCAAGUUUUUGGAGUUAAAAUCGAAGAGAAACCACAGGUACAUUCUGUUUAAGAUCGAAGGCCAACAGGUUGUGGUUGAAAAGCUGGGGAGACCUGAUGAAAGCUAUGAAGAUUUCACCAACUCCCUCCCGCCCGAGGAAUGCCGUUACGCCGUCUUCGAUUUCGACUUCACCACCGAUGAGAAUGUCCAGAAAAGCAAGAUUUUCUUCAUUGCCUGGUCACCGGAAUCAUCAAGGGUGAGGAUGAAGAUGGUGUAUGCAAGCUCAAAAGACCGAUUCAAGAGAGAAUUAGAUGGGAUUCAAGUUGAACUCCAGGCCACUGAUCCUAGCGAAAUGAGCCUCGACACCAUUAAAGCUCGAGCAUUCUAAACCCUCCAUCACCACGCACCAUCAAUCUCAAUCUGCAUUAUUCCCCGACCCCUUCUCAGCUCCAUGUUUUUUUCCCUUUAUAGUGAUCAUACGUACUAGCUGUUGCAGUUCACUUCCCUUACCAAUUCUUAUCAUGUUCUUUUAUUUAUUUAAGAUCAUACACAGUCAAAAGGUGUAAAACUAUGCAUGCACCCUAUGUUUUGGCUGCGCUUUGUGAUUGUAGUGAACCGAUUCUGAUGCAUUUCUUUGUAUUCCAACUGCGUUUUUUGGAGAAAAAUCUCUAAAU